UGCUUCGCCAAUUGUAUGCAGCGCUCACCUUGCGUCUGUGUCGACUUUAGAAAAAGUGGCCUCACCUGCGGACAGCGACACUCAUCCAAACCGAGCACCUCACGGCCUUCCCAAACCCUCACCACGAAGUGCGGCUGCUCGAGCGUCGACAUGACGCUCUUUUUUUUGCUGGUGGCUGGGCUUUGUGCGGCGCAGCUGUCGCUUGCGCAGCACGAAAGGAAGGUUGGGCGCCUGAGUCGACCAGGAGUGGUGUUUCCAAGCCGUGGUGAAGCGUGGCCCCAGCCAAUGAACCAGACGACGGGCUCCAACGUGAUCCUGCUCGAUCCAAGCACAUUCGCCUUCGUGUUUGUGGGGCCCCCUGGCGGCUGUGACGUGGCCGAUAGGGCGCUUAAGCGAUACCGUGACCAGUUGCUUUUCAAUGGCUGUGCGCGAUCGGGAGUACCGACUGGCAACCUGCGAAGGGUACCCCCCCGCCACCGUUUCGGUGGUGUGCCCGUAGCCAGCAUCAGCUCGCUGCUUGUCCACCUUCGCGGGCAAUGCGAGCACACACCACAGCACGACAUGGACGAAGCUUACACUCUGCAGUUGACGGCCCAGUCGCAGCCUUCCCUGUCCGCAAACUCCGUGUGGGGCCUGCUCCGGGGCCUGGAGACGUUCAGCCAGAUUGUGUAUCCUUACGACGGUACUCAGUUCGCUGUCAACGAGACUGUCAUCCACGACGCCCCAAGGUUCAAGCACCGUGGUCUCCUUAUCGACACUUCCAGGCACUUCCUCCCACUCAAGUCAAUCGUUGAGACAUUGGACGCCAUGGCCUACAACAAGAUGAAUGUGUUGCACUGGCACGUUACAGACGACCAGUCUUUUCCCUUCGUCAGCAGAACGUUCCCUUCCUUGAGUGAAAAGGGGGCCUUUGACCCCGAGACUCACGUGUACAAGCCCACUGAAGUGCAGUACGUUAUUGACGAAGCCGCUGCCAGAGGCAUUCGAGUUAUGGCCGAAUUCGACACGCCUGGCCACACGCUUUCCUGGGGUGAGGCAUAUCCCGAGCUGCUGACCACGUGCUAUGAUGGCCACGUGCCAAAUGGCCGGCUUGGGCCGGUUGACCCGACGCGCAAUGAGACGUACGCUUUUCUUGGCCAUUUCUUCGCCGAGGUUGCGCGCGUGUUUCCGGACCAGUACCUGCACCUAGGAGGGGACGAGGUCAGCUUCCUAUGCUGGAUGUCUAAUCCAAACGUCACUAGCUUCAUGCGAAAGAUGGGUUUUCCUUGGCGUUUUGACAAGCUGGAGGAAUACUACAUCCAGAGACUGCUGGAGAUCAUUCAGACCCUGCGUAAGAGUUACGUGGUAUGGCAAGAAGUGUUCGACAAUAAAGUGCAGAUCGCCCCAGACACCGUGGUGCACGUGUGGAAGCAACCGCAAGAGCUUGAAUUGGCUUCGGUAACGUCGGCGGGCUACAAAGCACUGCUGUCUGCCUGCUGGUACCUUGACCACAUAUCGUACGGCAGUGACUGGAAAAAGUACUACGCCUGUGACCCACAGCAGUUCCCUGGUACCUCAGAGCAAAAAUCGUUGGUGCUAGGUGGUGAAGCCUGCGUGUGGGGCGAGUUCGUAGAUGGCACUAACCUCAUUAGCAGGACAUGGCCACGUGCAUCGGCGGCCGCUGAGCGGCUUUGGAGUCCAGCCACGUUCAAGAGUGCCAAAGAUGCCGCCCCUAGGCUAGAAGAGCAUCGCUGCAGAAUGAUGAGGCGUGGUCUUGCAGUGGAACCCCAGAACGGGCCUGGAUUCUGCGAGUGCGACAUCGCUGCUUGAGCUGCGCGGCUGCCGCAGCCAAGUCCGUCAGACACGGCGCACUCUCACGUGCCUCAACCGUCGGACCACAAGACAACGCACAAGAUCGUCAUUGCUUCAGGGAAAAUGAACACAUUGUUACAAUCGCCAAUCGAAAGUAACUUAUACUAAAAGAAAAUGAAAGUGAGAAAAGAUAUGCUGUACCUUUAAAUAAAAUAUUUUAUUAAUACACCA